CUCAGACAUAGAUGCUGCAUGGAUGAACCCAAAAACGUGGUCGAAUCUUAGGAUUUCAACCACACAUCUCUCAUCAGUAUCACACUCCACUUCAUUGCUCUAUCAUCAAACAACCAACCAAAACCACUAGCAACUAACAAUGUCAAUGGCGAUUACAGCCAUGGCUUCACUACCAACAACAACAAGAGCUUGUCUUCCAACUCCUUCAACUUCACCUCACACAAUCACCACCUUCUCAAAACCUCAAUUUAAACGCAUAUCAUUACCAACUUCAACCACCAUUUCACUACUUUCUCUCUUCACCAUUCCAAAUGAAGCCAGAGCUGCCAUACCCGUGGACCAGAUUGUUUCUUCUAUCACCCUAGUGGAGCAAACAAUUGAUCAGGUUCAAGGUUUUUUGGACUCGGCAGAACGUGGUCUUGAAGCUAUAGCGAAUUUUUUGAAGCCGGGAAUCGAUGCCGGGUUGCCAAUUGUGCAGCAGGCUGGGACAGAAGCUUUGAAAUUUGCUUCACCAGCUUUCUCUGAGGCUUCUAAGAAGGCUCAAGAAGCACUUCAAAGCUCUGGUCUUGAUACUCAACCUGUUCUCACUGCUGCUAAGACAGUGGCAGAUGCUGCACAACAAACAUCCCAGGCGAUUGAAGGUGCCAAGCCAAUAGCCUCGUCAACUAUCGAAACCAUAUCUACUUCAGAUCCUACUGUGAUUGCUGGAUCAUCCGGUGCAUUAUAUGUUGCAUAUCUCUUGUUUCCUCCAAUCUGGUCUGCCAUUUCCUUCAACUUUCGCGGUUACAAAGGUACUACCGUUGACAUGUUUCCAUGCGAAUUUUUUCUGCUUGUAUUGUAUGGUUACACAAAACCAAUGGACUUGUUAAUUUCCAAUCCUCUCUGGCCCGGGAAGCCGAGAAUGUUAACCAUCAGGAGCACGAAGAAGAAGCGCCUUAUGUCAAACAACAUUUUUCUUUGGCUGAUGCUUGUGCUUUUCUUUGAAUUUGCAGGAGACCUAACACCAGCUCAAACACUUGAUUUGCUAUCCACACAAAACUACGUUUUGAUUGAUGUUAGGUCAGAGAAGGAUAAGGACAAGUCUGGUAUUCCUCGCCUUCCGUCUAGCGCUAAAAACAAGAUGGUUGCUAUUCCAUUGGAAGAAGUGCCAAGCAAGAUAAAAGGACUAGUGAGGAAUGUGAAGAGAGUGGAAGCGGAAAUAGCAGCAUUAAAGAUUUCAUAUCUGAAGAAAAUUAACAAAGGCUCAAACAUUGUGAUAUUGGACUCGUACUCGGACUCGGCAAAGAUAGUUGCAAGAAAGCUAAAGGGGCUUGGAUUUAAGAACACAUGGAUAGUUGCUGAUGGAUUUUCUGGAGGCAAAGGGUGGUUACAAAGUAGAUUAGGAACGGAUUCGUAUAAAGUUUCGUUUGCAGAGAUCUUGUCUCCAUCAAGAAUCAUCCCUGCAGGUGGUACUAGAAGUUUUGGAACAACCAGCAGGCAGAAACUUCUUACUGGAGCUGACUGAGAUUCUCUUUCUUUUUCCUCACUCAACAUUGAACUCUUUCAAAUAUAUAUAUAUAGAUAUGUGAAUGUGCCUUGAUUAAUGAAGUCCUCCAAAUUAUAUUCAA